AGGGAUCCAAUUCAAGCCAAUCCAUUCGCGAAAGCAUGGCUUCUCUUUUGCGGUCCUCCCGUUACUUCUUUAACGUUGCAAACUGCGUCCGUGCUUUUUCUAUAAGCGCGGAACGCUUGCCACACAGACUUUGUGGCCUGUCAAAACACAAUACCUCGUUAAAAGCCUUCGCAAACGCAAGAUGGAUGGCCAGCACUGCCAGUGCAGCCAGCACGAAACCAGUCGCAGUAUCAGACUCCGAAGUGCAAAGCCGACUGCAUGCCAUGGAUCGUUCCCUGUAUCGUAUCGACACCGAGGUGCGAAGAAGCGGUCGCAUCAGCCGUAAGGAUGUCGAUGAACUGCUGUCUGAGGUGGAGCAAUUGGGCGCCGUGACGCCGUCACAGGGUCUGCUGUUGAUUCGAUCGUGCGGCUCUUUUCUUCGUGAAGAGUCUGCAGCAGAAAGGAACAAACUGGCUGAUACUGUGUGGGAGGUACUGCAAAAGUUUGGAUGCCAAAAGGAUGUCAGCCAUUACAAUGCCCUGCUUCAGGUGUAUCUGGAAAACGAGCGGCGUUUCUCGCCAACCGAGUUCCUUUCCAACAUGGAACAAGUGGCUGGCAUUCAGCCUAACAGGGUAACCUAUCAGAGACUAAUCCAUGCUUAUUGUCAAGAGGGGGAUAUUGCUGGUGCAAGCAAAAUCUUGGAGUACAUGAAAGACAAGGAGCUCCCCAUCAAUGAGAAAGUUUUCAAUUCCUUGAUAACUGGCCACGCACGAGCCAAUGACAUGGAAAACGCCAAGAACAUUCUCGAUGUCAUGAGAAAUGCUCAGUUGGAGCCCACUGCAGAGACAUACUGCGCCCUGAUGGAAGGUUAUGCCAAGCAGGGCAACGUGGAGGCCAUCAAGCAAGUUCUACAGGAAACAGAACAGCAGGGAGUGGGACUUCUGGACCACCACUACCUAUCCCUUGUGCAGGCUCUUGCAUGUGCGGGUCAUCAAGAACAUGUCCCUGUGGUGCUCAAUAAAGUGCGUCGUCUGUCAGGCUACACCCAAGACUGUAUCAACGCUUGUCUUGAGCUGCUUGCUCAGGGCCAAGAUGAAGUGGCGUACAAGGUCUUUCUGACCCUCACCCCCAGUCAGAACCGGCAACAUGGAAACUUCUUUUUGGUGCAGCUUGUACGCUGCAAUCUGCCUUCAGAGAAGAUCCUCUACUAUUGUAAGGAAUUACAAGAACACAACCCACGGGCAUUACUCAAGUCCACAGAGGCAUCUUUGCAGCAAGGAAAGACUGAACUGGCCAUGUCUUUACUGAAGGAACUCAGAAACCAGGGCAUUCCGCUCAGACCUCACUACUUCAACCCACUCAUUGUGAGGAAGAAAUCGAAUGAAGCGGAAGUAUAUAAUGUGAUGAAGGAGAUGAUUGCAUUGGGUGUGACCCCCAACUAUGACAUCUUGCUCGAGUUUGUGUUCCCCAUCUUGAACACGGAUGAUCCCACGGCUGUAGUGGACAAACAUAAGGAAUUAGGAAUGACAGUUGGCUCUGUUGUGAACCCUCUUCUGCACUUUUACUUGUCUAAUGCUGACCCUGUGAGAGCACUUAAGCUUGUUGAGUCCCACCCUGUGAAUCUGGUAGCUCCCCUAAUUGUGCCCAGUCUGGUGUACUGCUUCAAAGAGACUCGGGAUGCAAGAACAAUGGCCAGAAUCCUUAAUGUGGUAGAAGAAAGCCCAGAAGCAACAACUGCUUCUAAACGUGUUGAUUGGGGAGGUCGCUUUCUCAUGGACUGUUCCUCUGGUCCGGAUGGGAUUUCAGUUCUUUCGCAACUCAUCCCUGAGCUGGCUGCAAAUAGCAUUCAGGUGUCAGCUAGUACAGCAGAGACCAUUCGCAGCAAGCAUGGCAAUAAACUGUCAUCAUCUGUUCUCGAUAUGCUCGACAAGAUCUCAUCUGAGGUCCUUGCUGACGAAGUGGUAUCAUCUUUCACUCCGAUUCCAUCACAGAAUGAAAUGACCAUAGAGGAUUUGGAAGCUCAUCUUGUGGAGCUGAAGAGCAAAGGGAUGAACACCCGUGGAGCCCUGCGUCGUCUGCUACUGCUUCACUGCCGCUACAGGAAUCUUGACCGAGCCUUGGAACUGGCGGAGCAGCUUGCACGCGAUGGUGGAGGCUUUACUGGGGUGAUGCACGCACAGCUCAUGGAUCUGUAUGUCUCCCAUGGGGACUUGGACAAAGCUUUGGAACACUACAAACUCAUGGGGCAAGUGGAAGAAAGUUUUCGAUUAGAUGACCACAAGGUGUUGAACCUGGCCACACUGAUGAUUUCCAGUGGAAAAUGGCAAGAUGCCAAAACGCUCCUAGAGGAUCACUUUGAGAAGCAUGGUGUAAAAGAAGCCCCCGACACGCUUCAGCGCAAUGUAUUCCGUCUGCUGAAUGCUGCUGCAUCACAGCACCAGCAGUGGCCUGAAGGUGCUGAGGUGACAAGAACAUUCUUUGAUUUGGUGGUGCUCAAGUGUGGCUACUCGCCCACGUCUGCUCUUGUCCUGGGGCCGUUGGUCCGUGUGCAUCUUCUCAGGGAUGAUCUGCCGUCUGCACUGGCCACUUUUGAAAGUUGCGUAAAGCAGUACAAGCACACUCCACUGAAGAAGGAGUUGUCGAAGCAGCUCAUUGAGAAGGCGGACCAUGAAGGGUUGCAGAAAGUCGUUGACCUAAGCAUUGAGGCUCAUGGAGAGAUGAACACCCUCUACGAUCUGGCAACAUACUUUCUUGAGUGCGGGCAAGUCCGUCAGGCGCAGAAAAUUCUCGAGACUCCUGGUUUGAGGGCAAAGCACCAACGGCUGGACCUGAUUUGCGAAGGAUUCCUUACAAGAGACAUGGUGACAGAGCUAGAACACUUGGUUCACAUCACCAAAGACCUGUUUGACAUCGACAGGGAUGCCAUGUACUUUUACCUCCUCAAGGCUUAUGCCAAGACAGGAGACGCAGACAAAGCACUGGAGGUUUGGACGAAGAUGCAGGAAGAAAACGUGCAGCCCUCAGCCCGUACUCUGCGUUUCCUGGGCAAUUUGCUGCAGCAGCACGGUCACACCACUCUUCCUUUCAUCAUGCCCGAGGAGGAGGAGGCAGUACAAGUGCCAGUCCCAACUGGUCGCAGGUCUCGUACGCCUUUCACUUCACGUUUGGCUGUCAAUGUUGACAAGGCUCUUGAAGAGAAGCAAAAGUUUGAAGAACGUGGAGAGAGCCUCUCUGUUGGUGAUGUGUCACAUCUGAUAGACACCUUGGUCAAGAACGAUCGGAUCAAGGAGGCUGCCCGCUUGAUGGAGGAAAUGCUGCAGGGUGGACAAAAUCCAUACCGUAGUGUCCUGAGCUUGCUGCUACGACGCCUUUCGUCGCUGGGUGAUGUGGAGACACUGUCUACACUGACUCCUCUUCUAUCAGUUCAGCUGUGUCGUCAACAUUCUGUCAGCAACUUGCUGUGCAAUGCGUACACCAACAGUGGUCGUGCUGGUGAUCUCCUUACUCAGAUAGAGGAAAACAUGGGCUACUGGAAAGAACGUUUUCCAGUAGGGGGUGUAUUGGGAAUGCUUAGAGACCAGCCUGAAAUGGAAGACAGAGUGCAUUCCCUGGCUGAGAAAUAUGCCACUCAGGAAGAGUGUCUGGAGCCGAUGAAUACAAUGUGGAUGCACAAAAUGAUAUGUGGCCGCUUUGAAGAGGCAGACAAGAUUUUGAAGGAUUAUCCUAAGAUGGAGGAAAGGCUCAUGUACGCUUCAGUCCUGAAGUACAGUCGAAGUGCUGACAAUGAGGCUGUAGCACGUCACUUGGCACAGUCUGUGGGACGGUCACAGGCAGCUUCCCCAAGUUCUAAGGCUUUGGUCUAUGGCAACCUUGUAGAGUUUCUUGUUUCAAAGGGACGAGCAGAGGAAGCCCUCCAGACCUUUGAGAAGGCACAGGCAGAGUGUGGACUUCAAGUUGACAACUGGAAACUGUCCACGUUGACACAGCUUCAGACGGGACUGAGGGCCUCUGGCAAAGUUCUCCCAUUCCUUCUUCCUAAAAGGACUGUAACACAGAAAGCCAAUGAAGCUGAGGAGGACAGUUUGGAUGAGGAGCGGCAACGUUAGUGUUCGAGGCUGUGCCCGCUAAGCCAUGCCUUGUUUCUAUUUUGUUGUAGGUUUAUGUACAUAGUACUUUGUAAAAAUGAAGGAACCAAAUAAUGC